CAGCUCUUCUCUCUCUCUCUCUCCAACUUUCAGGUGGAGCGGACCAGCAAGUCACCCACAUGGGCCGCGCCUUUACAGCGGCGCCGCUCCUCCUCUUGCUCGGUCUCCUGGCCCUGGGACUGGGAGCGGCAACUGCCAAUGUGGGCGACUCCUGCUCCACGAGCGCGGACUGCGGCGCCGGGCAGUGGUGCUUCGACUGCGAGCCCAAGUUCUCCGGCUCCCACUGCGUCCGCUCCGCCGCCACUAACCCCUACCAGCUCAUCAACAACUCAUUGCCAUUCAACAAGUAUGCCUACCUCACGAUGCACAAUUCAUAUGCAAUCGUUGGCGAGCCUUCGCACACUGGAAUUCCACGCGUCACCUUCGACAACCAGGAGGAUACUGUCACUGACCAGCUAAAUAAUGGUGUCCGGGCACUGAUGCUUGACACAUAUGACUUCCAAGGAGAUGUAUGGCUGUGCCAUUCAAAUGGAGGGAAAUGCAAUGAUUUCACUGCAUUUGAACCAGCACUGGACACCUUCAAGGAAAUUGAGGAGUUUCUUUCAUCUAAUCCGUCUGAAAUAGUCACAAUAAUCCUGGAAGACUAUGUUCAUGCGCCAAAUGGACUGACAAACGUGUUCAACGCCUCCGGCCUGCUUAAGUACUGGUUCCCAGUAUCGAAAAUGCCACAGAAUGGUCAGGAUUGGCCUCUUGUCAGUGACAUGGUUGCAAGCAACCAGCGUCUCGUGGUGUUCACCUCCAUCAGCUCAAAGCAGAGUAGUGAAGGAAUCGCUUACCAGUGGAACUUCAUGGUUGAGAAUAAUUAUGGUGAUGACGGUAUGGAUGCUGGGCAAUGCUCCAACCGUGCUGAAUCUGCCCCUCUCAACGACAAGACUAAAUCGCUGGUCCUCAUGAACUACUUCCCUUCGGUCCCUGUGAAGUCUACAGCAUGUCUGCAGCAUUCCCAGAAUCUUAUUGACACGGUGAAUACAUGCUAUGGCUCAGGGAAUCAAUGGGCUAAUUUUAUUGCAGUCGAUUACUACAAGAGAAGCGAUGGAGGGGGUGCAUUCCAGGCAACAGACUUGCUCAAUGGUAGACUGUUGUGCGGGUGCCAGGAUGUCAGUGCAUGCUUGCAAGGUUCUGGCGUAGUAUGUGCAUGAAUCCGUAAGGAAUAGGCAAUUUUUAUUGGAUUGGUAUAUUCAUAUAGGAUAACAGAUAUGCAACAGUUACUUGGUAUGGUGAUGACAAGGCUUCUUCUGCAUGAUGUUGCUGUUGUACAUCCUCAUUGUUUGGUUGAAUGCGCGGGAAUGUGAUGAUUCUAGUCUCAAGGGAAUACACUGAUAGAAAGUAGAUUGCCUUAGAGUGAUACAGCAGUGUAAACGAUAGGAAUGUGGACGAAACAACACCAACUUCAUGUUUGUAAAUGGAAAAUUUCUUUUCAAAACUUCAA